ACGCCAUUAGCAGCUUACUUUGUUUCAUCGUGGCUGGAGCUAGCUGAAGCUUUCCCCGGACUUCUCUUCUUAAAGCGAACAAGCUUUCUACUUGCGGACCACCGAUUGUCACUAGAUAAUUAUCAGUAUAGGCAGCUUACCUAGCUUCUAUUAUCCAUCCCAAUAACAACACAAUGGUGUAUUAUUUUUAAUUGUUAUCGUUGUUACCCUUGGAUUCCAUUUUCAUCUCCCUGUCUCAACCCGAUCGCCCGAUCUGAUAGCUUAGCGAGCGAAUCAUGGCAGAGGAUACGACCGAAAACGGAAAAGCAAGUAAUGAGAAUGAGCACCACCUAGGUGACGAAGACGCCAUCGGGAUCGAAGAUGUUAGCACGAUACCUAAAGGCACAAUUGAUCCGGUAUACGAGGCAAAGGCGAGGGUACUGAAUAGAGCGGUAAAUUUCCCAAGUUUCUGGAAAUUAUUCCUCUUUGAUCAUUAGCCUAACAAUGAGGAUGGCAGAUUCAAGACAUUGGUAUGGGAUGGUACCAAUGGCAGCUAUUCAUAGUCGUAGGGUUUGGUUGGGCAUCUGAUAAUCUUUGGCCGAUCAUCACGUCUCUCAUUUUCACGCCCAUCUUAAACGAAUUUCAUCCGACUCGGGGUCCGCUACUGAGUCUUGCCCAGAACAUCGGCUUACUUGCCGGUGCCAUGUUCUGGGGAUUCGGCUGCGACAUCUUCGGUCGGAGAUGGGCUUUCAAUCUGACUCUUGGUAUAACCGCCGUAUGGGGUAUGAUAGCUGCCUCUGCACCUAAUUUUGCUGCUAUCGGGAUAUUUGCGGCGUUCUGGUCAUUUGGCGUAGGCGGUAAUCUCCCGGUUGACUCUGCUAUUUUCCUCGAGUUUCUUCCUGGAUCUCACCAAUACCUCCUCACGAUUCUUUCUAUCGACUGGGCUGUCGCACAAGUCAUAGCCAAUUUGAUUGGAUGGCCAUUGUUAGGGUAUCGAACCUGUCAGCAAACCGACACGGACUGCACUAGGGCUAAGAACAUGGGAUGGCGCUAUUUCAUGAUUGCGAUGGGAGGACUGACGCUCAUCAUGUUCGUUCUUCGUUUCUUUUGCUUCACCAUCUACGAGUCGCCCAAGUAUCUCAUGGGCAAAGGAUUGGAUGAAGAAGCAGUGCGCAUAGUCCAUGAAGUUGCUCGACGGAAUAAAAAGACUUCGGAAUUGGCCAUCGAAGAUUUAAAAGCGUGCGAGCCGGAAGGAUAUGAGAAUCGGGUUACUGCAGGCGACGCUGUGAAACGCAAGUUAGAAGCCAUUGAUCUCUCCCACAUCCGAUCUUUAUUUGCGACGGGAAAAUUGGCGUACAGCACGGGCGCCCUAAUGUUGGUCUGGGCUUUCAUCGGACUCGGAUAUCCCUUAUAUAACGCUUUCCUACCAUAUAUCCAAAGUACUCGCGGCGUCGACUUUGGAGAUGGAUCUACUUAUAUUACGUAUCGCAAUUCGCUGAUCAUCGCGGUACUCGGUGUACCCGGCGCCCUUCUUGGUGGUCUUCUCGUCGAACUGCCUCAUUUUGGGAGGAGAGGGGCGUUGAGUUUAAGCACGAUCCUAACAGGCAUCUUUCUCUACUGCUCGACAACUGCGACAAGUUCCUCCAGCUUGUUGGGGUGGAAUUGCGCGUACAAUUUCACUAGUAAUAUCAUGUACGCCGUCUUGUACGCUUUUACGCCCGAGCUAUUCCCUACAAAGGAUCGUGGCACUGGGAAUGCGCUUACGGCGACGUCGAACCGCAUAUUCGGUAUUAUGGCCCCUAUUGUAGCAAUGUUCGCGAACCUUCAGACGGCGGCGCCGGUUUAUACAAGUGGUGCACUGUUCAUCGCGGCAGGACUUCUUGUCGGUACUCUACCUUUUGAGUCUAGAGGGAAAGCAAGCCUGUGAAUUGCUAUUUCUAGGUGCCUAUCCCUUCCCCGCAAUGAUUCUAAACGCCCCUUUAUGCCCCCAAUUAUAGGGGAUUUGGGGUCACCUACCCACCUAACUCUGUGUGCAUUGUUGUUGGGUCUUGUAUAAUUACUCCGGGACAAAAAAUGAUACCCUACUUUCUCUUAUUUUGGUUUAUAGGUCUGAUGGUUGUUAUUUGUCAUUUAAAAUAUCUAAUGCUCAAAAUUGGUUUGUCGGGCGGGAGUUGAGGGUCGAACAUCGUGAAUCGAAUAAACCCAGCAAUGGCAAUGAUUUGAAAUUUUAUUGGCUUCUAUUUAAUCUUCUA